AUGCUGGCGGUGGGGCAGAUGGAUGGCAGCCCCCGGCAGAGCGCCUUCCUGCUCAGCAGCCCGCCGCUGGCCGCCCUGCACAGCAUGGCCGAGAUGAAGACCCCCCUCUACCCGGCCGCCGCCUACCCGCUGCCCCCCGCCGCCCUCUCCUCCGCCUCCUCCUCCUCGGCCGCCUCCUCCGCCUCCGCCUCGCCCUCGCCGCCCCUGGGCUCCCCCACGCCCGCCGCCCUCAAGCCGCCCAACCCCGGCGCCCUCCCCGCGCAGCAGCAGCAGCAGCAGCAGCAGCUCCUGGCCGCCACCCCGCACGGCAUCAACGACAUCCUCAGCCGGCCCUCCAUGCCCCCCGCAGCCGCCGCCGCCGCCUCCGCCUCGCCCGCCGCCGCCGCCGCCGCCGCCGGCCUCCUCGCCGGCCUGCCGCGCUUCAGCAGCCUCAGCCCGCCGCCGCCGCCGCCGCCGCCCGCCCUCUACUUCAGCCCCAGCGCCGCCGCCGCCGCCGUGGCCGCCGUGGGACGCUACCCCAAGCCCCUGGCCGAGCUGCCCGGCAGGACCCCCAUCUUCUGGCCCGGGGUCAUGCAGAGCCCCCCCUGGAGGGACGCCCGCCUCGCCUGCACGCCGCACCAAGGCUCGAUUUUGCUGGACAAAGACGGCAAAAGGAAACACACCCGACCGACCUUCUCCGGACAGCAGAUCUUCGCCUUGGAAAAGACUUUUGAGCAAACCAAGUAUUUGGCCGGCCCGGAAAGAGCCAGGCUGGCUUACUCGCUGGGCAUGACGGAGAGCCAAGUCAAGGUGUGGUUCCAGAACCGGCGGACCAAGUGGCGGAAGAAACACGCGGCGGAGAUGGCGACGGCCAAGAAGAAGCAGGACUCGGAGACGGAGCGGCUGAAGGGCGCGUCGGAGAACGAGGAGGAGGACGACGACUACAACAAGCCCCUGGACCCCAACUCCGACGACGAGAAGAUCACGCAGCUGCUCAAGAAGCACAAGACCGGCGGCGGGGCGGCCGGCAGCGCCAGCAGCAGCCUCCUGCUGCACACGUCCGAGACCGACGGCUCCUCCUAG